AUGCGAAAGUUUUUCCAUCAGGAGAGAAACAGAUUGACAUUAAUUACUAUGAUCAUGUAAUUUAUUUUUUUAUUAGUCUUAAAAUUCGAUAAACAGAUAGUCUUAUCCCAAAUACCAGAUGCUAAGUAUUACCAUCGGGAGAGAAACAGAUUUAGUUUACAACUACUAUGACCCUCGAAUUAUAUGAUCUAUUAUUUUUAAUAUUGAAUUUCUAUGACUUGAUUUUAAGCUUUAUACUUCAAAUGAAGAAAGUAUCAUAUGUAUUAAUUUUAAGAUAUUCAAAAAACAAUAAAUAUCAAAGAACUUUUGGAUAACUUGA